AUGAACGCCAUCCAGGUAAUUUCCCUCACUCUGCUGUCCGUUCUGGCAGCCAGCGCUCAGGUCAUCAUGCCAGGAAGAUGCCCCCAGACCGGCGUCCAGGAGGACUUUGAUACUGCCAGGUAUCUUGGUAAGUGGUUUGAUAUCCAGAGACUGCCACACACCUUCCAGAAGGGCGAGUGCUGCACUGCCACCUACAGCCUGCAGAGCCCCGGAGUCGUUGGUGUCCUCAACAGCGAGCUGCUUUCUGAUGGUAGCAUUAGCUCCAUCAAUGGUUCUGCCACCGCCAAAGACCCCUCUGAGCCGGCCAAGCUGCAGGUCUCCUUCUUCGAGAACGCCCCCCCUGCUCCUUACUGGGUGCUGUCCACCGACUACGAGAACUACUCUCUGGUGUACAGCUGCACCGACCUCGGGGUGCUGCACUUUGACUUCGCCUGGAUCAUGAGCAGAGAGCCCACCCUGUCCGAGGAGACCCUGGGGGAGCUGCAAGGCAUCCUGUCCUCCAUGGGAGUGAGCGUGCACAAGCUGCUCACCACCGACCAGUCCGAGGCUACCUGCAGCUCCAUGAGCCUGUAA